AAUCAGAACACAUUAAUAUAGAUAUUAAUUAAAUAUGUUAUUUCAAAACGUAUUUUCUACAUGGUUGUUACUGAAUGUUUCUGUUUUAUCAUUACCAUUGCAUAAAGUUGAGUAUUAAUAUUUUAUUAAUUGCUAUUAUUACAAUCUUUUUUACUAAUCUUUCUCUAUGCAGAUCAAUUUACGAGAUAAAAAAGUAUUCGAGAUUGCCUCUGAUAAUAAAGAUUAUGAUGAACAAAGUGAAAAUGAAAUGAUACAGCCUAAAGAAUUAAGAAAUUUAAACUUUUAUAUAGAAGAUGAAAAUAGAUACAGACCACUACAUUCAUAUGUAGACAGUUACAAUAAACAUGAAACCAUAAACAAAAUACAGCAUACAAAUAUGUAUUUCCAUUUAAAAUCAAAAAUAUGGGAGAACUCUAAUAUAGGGGAAGAUGAUGCACCAUUUAUUGCUGGUUUUAAGGAAAAUCUUGAUAAAAUAACUAAUGUUGCUGCUAAUAUCAAUAAGAAUAAAAGAUCAAUUUCUGCAAACAUAUUUGAAGAUCCUAGAUAUGCUGAUAGUACAGAACCAGGAGAAGAAGCCUAUGACUAUGAUCAGUUCAAAAAAGAAUAUGAAGGACAAAUUGAAAAAUAUAUAAAUUCUAACAAAACUUUGAACUUUACUGAUGAGGGAAAACUAGAAGAACAUCCUAAAGAGAUAUUGCAAAAAUUAGUUGAUUUCAAAAAUUGUACAAACCUAACUGGAAUAUUUCAUAUUAAACCACUAAAUUGUUUAAUGUACAAUUAUGAACAACAAAAAGAUAAAUGUGUUGUUAAAAGAACAUUACGCAAAAUAGGUCUAACUAUUAAAGUUUGGUUUUUGAUUUAUGUAUGUGUUGCAGUUCCUUGUUGGUGCCAUAGAGGAUGGUGCUGCUGGUGUUUCCAUUUUAAAUUUUGUUUUCCAAAAAAAAGAAUAUUAUUUGCAAAGCAAUAUUAUGCAAGUAAUCCUCCUGGUAUAUUCAGACAAAUUGAAAGAAAAGAAGAAGAAGAAAAAGGACCAACUAAAUACAAGCCUACUGAGUUUGAAGAAGACAUGUAUAAAAAAUUAGAAACUGCAAUAAAAAACAUAUAAAUAAAUUAUAUUAAUAA